AAAUUUGGGUAAUGGCAUGCUAUUUUCAGGCAAUGGGAAGCCAGUUCGAAUGCAAUGCGUAUUCACAUAAUUACGCAAAACUAGCGCCUUUAAGUGAAUGCGUUUUGGCCCCACUUUCUUUUCAUUCAAAUUUAAGAGAAAUUCCUCCCGUUUCAUAAACUUCUACAUUUCAAGGACCCUUGCUUUUAGGACAGUUUUCCUUUUGGCUAUAGCUGUUUCUCUUACUUUAAGUGGAUUCCGCCCCCAACAGCCCUCCACAUUUUUUGUGGGUUUUCCAGGCUAUGAGACCAUGUUCAAGAAGAAUUUAUUCCUGACAUUUCACCAUCAUCUGUGGCUGGCAUCUUCAGAGAAGAUUCAUAUUCCUUUAUAUAGAGCUGUGAGAAGAGACGGGUGAAACCAACUAAAGACGGUGUGGAGAUUUGGCCUGCUAUAGUGUCGACUUCCUGAUCUUUUGUUAAAGCUAAGGCAAAAGGAAAUGAUGUCUGAAACCAAGCUACCGGGUGAGACAAAGCCAGAAGGCGGUGGUGGUGAGCCAAUGACAACCCAGGAGCUUCUUCAAAGACUCCGUGAGCUGGAGGCAGAGAAUUCAGCUUUGGCCCAAGCCAAUGAGAACCAGCGAGAGACUUAUGAACGCUGCCUGGAUGAGGUAGCCAAUCAUGUGGUGCAAGCAUUGUUGAAUCAAAAGGAUCUUCGCGAGGAAUGCAUUAAGCUGAAAAAGCGGGUCUUUGACCUCGAGAGGCAGAACCAGGCCCUCAGCGACCUCUUCCACCAGAAGUUGACCUCUGGUCCUCUCUCCCAGCUACCAGCCCAUCAAGCUUCUUUACUCUCUGUUCCAUCAUCUGGCUCUCAACCAGGCACAGUAGAGAAGGUCCCAACAUCAUUUCCAGUGGGACGCUGCAUCUUACAGAGAGAGGUUAUCUCUGAGGAGCCCUGUGUUGGCACUCCUGGACCCAACACACCCCAGACCCUGGAAGCUCUAUCACCCUUUCUGCGCAAGAAAGCCCAAAUUCUGGAGGUGCUUCGCUCCCUGGAAGAGAUGGACCCUCUACUUGCCUUCCCCUCCCCUUGGAGAGACCCUGGGCAGCCAGGCUCCCCAGAAGGUGUGACUGCUGAAGCCUGGCCGUGCCUGCUUCUGUCUCAAGGAGAAGGGGUGCCCAGGCAGCCUACCUUGAAAGGAGAAGGCAGCUCUUCCUCUUCCUCAGAUGAAGCUGGUGAAUCAGACCCUGCCGAGAGAGGACACCCUGGGCAGGUGCUGCUGAGUGCUCUGGCUGAGCAUAGGUUGGAUUUGGGUGAGGUGGAGACUUACCUGCAGCAGGUCCUAAGGGAGGCAGGCGACAGUGCCCUGCUUAAUGGGGAGCCUAACGGACCUUGCUUGGUGGCAGGCCCUGAGGGCCAGGUCAGUAGCUACAAGCACAUCCAGACUAUCAAUUGCUUGGAUGCUUUGGGGCCUGCCUCUGUCUGUGGGGAGCCAGCCUAUCUUGGCAUUUUAGCUCCAAGUGAGGGCAAGGACAAGUCUCGGCAAGGUCCGCCCAUCCCCUCUCCAUCCAAGGUCCUCAAGUUGCUGAAAAUGCCACCACCGCCCAGCCCUGCUGCCCUCCGCCUCAGCCCCCAGCUUACCCGUAGUUCCAAAAUCCCCUGUCGUAGCAAUACCUACGAGGUGUACCACUCCCCGACUCCCAGCCGCAAGGGCUCCCCUGACAGUCCCUUUCCCACAGACUCCAAUAUCGCAGGAGGGCAUCACUCACCCAAGGCUGGCCGGCACCUCAUUCCUGUACCCCCCAAAGUCACACCCACUUCCCCAGACCCUUUUGGCUACCACAAGCCCCAUGAAUAUGAGAACAUUUUGGAGCUAUCCCUCAGCAGUGCCAUAAGCACUCAUUCCCACCCAACUCGAGACACCAAGCAAGAUGUUCCAGAGGUACUUCCACCUGCCUGUCGCCCAGCUCCUCUUCAGGCCAUGCCUCCCAGUGAGGCCUCUCUGGAGCCUUGCCCCUUUGUCAGUGGCCGGGAGAAGCCAGGCUCGGAGGGCAAACACUCUCCACCUGUUGCUCGCCGGAACCCUGAUGGCUCCAAGAAGGCUUUAAAUGGCUCAGGCAAGCGGCCAAUGCCUGAGGCGGCCAACAUGCCCUUCAAAGAACGGCUCACUGUACUUGGGAGGCUGAAGGGAGCUGAAGGAAAGGAGACAGUAAACUUUGAGAAGGGGAGAACCCCAGCCCGGCCCUGUGAGCGUCUCGAAGGUCUUCCCGACCCCCACCCUCGGCUGGGCAGUGGAAGCAGCAGCCUCAAGUACCAUGAGCCUUGUCAUGGUGGUGAACCAACCCCUCGUUGCUACUCUUCUCAUUCUGUUGGCUCCCGUGGGAAUGACCCAGAUCACCAUGCCUCCAAAAACCGUCUGCUGGGAACGCCGUCCCAGAAGCAUCCAGCCAAACCCCCACCACCUGGAAAGAAUGCUAAAAGUCCUCAUGGGAGUCCAACCAAGUUACCUUCCAAAUCACCCACCAAGCCCCCUGUGCAGGAGCCGAAGCCAUGCCCACCACCAGCCAAACCACCCGCCAGCAUUGGACGCAAGAACCCACCUUGUCCAGAUUCAGCCAAGAGUAAAGGUGGGCCACCAGCCAGCAUUGAAGAGAAGGUGAUGAAAGGAAUUGAGGAGAAUGUCCUGCGGAGGCACAAAGGAGGUUCAGCAGCAGGUGAAGCCAAGCAAAAGAACUCGAGCAGCCUAGCCAGCUGGUUUGGCCUGCGCAAGAGCAAACUGCCUGCCCUAAGCCGAAGGCCUGAGGCCUCCAAAGUCAAGGAGGGCAAGCAGGCCUCUCGCCGUUUGGAAGCUGAGAGCCUCAAUAUUUCCAAACUUAUGGAGAAGGCAGAAGACCUACGCAAAGCCCUGGAGGAAGAAAAGGCCUAUAUCAAUGGCCUGGCCCUGGACAAGCCCAGACCCCAUGCCUGUGACACCGGCCACAGUCAGCUCACCCUCAUGUAUCAGGAGGUAACAGCAGAGAACUUCAUGCAGCAGUUGCUUAAUAGGGUGGAUGGGAAAGAGGCCCCAUUUGAGACUCACUUGGAGCAGAAGAAUGAGCUGCAGGGCCUGCAGAGAGGCCUGCGUGAUGCCAAAGAUCCCCGUCUCAUCCGUCCCCCUCGUAAUGGCAUUGUUGGACAUCUUCAUGCCUGCCCGGAGGCGCCUGAUAAGCUUCGCAAUGCAACUUUGCAAGAAGAGAUCCCAUCUGAUGACAGCCUGGCUGAGUCGGUGUCCUCUCAGCAUUUUCAAGUGUGUAGUUCUCUGACACGAACUCUGGACAGUGGCAUUGGCACCUUUCCGCCACCUGACUACUGCAGUGGAAUGCCCUGUAAGAGUGUGCCUAAGCUGAGGCCUCGAACUGAUCCUUCACCAGCCGGCCCUUUUCCUGCCAGGGGCCCCCCACCCAUCACUAGGGUGCCCCGCAAAGCACGGACGUUGGAGAGGGAGGUGCCCAGUGCAGAAGACUUACUAGGGCCUAGCAAGCACCAAAGCAUGCCAGCAUUCCAUGGGGUCUUAGCCAGUGCUGAGCCACCCCUGGGACAUCGUGACCGCAGGGACUGCCCAGGAGAUCUCUGCAGUGAACCCAGCAAACCACGACACACCCAAGUGAGCAAGAACUGGACUUUCCCCAAUGCCAAAGCAUCCGUUGGUGUAGAUCCCUUCUUUUGCUCGCCUCAUGGGCUGGAGGGACUUCACGGUUCUGCAAUGGGCUCAGCUUGCAGCGUCGUUGAGAGAAGACGUGCCUCAUCAGAUGGACCUCAGGCCUCACCAGCCUUUAGCACCAGCAGCAGCCGUACCCCAAGCGCCUCUGAUGUGGGUGAAGAGGGCAGUAUGGAGGCCCGUUCCCGCGAUAUGGGCCCAGAAGGGCAGCCGGGUUUGGAGAACUCUGAGUCCCUCAGUGACUCUCUUUAUGACAGCUUGUCCUCAUGCGGCAGUCAGGGCUGAGCAUGGCUGGGAUGUGGGUGGGUGGGUGGCAUGCGGGCACUGGUUUCCUUGGCUGACAUUGCCACGUGCUCCGGCCUGGUGUUUGAAACGGUCCAGUGCUUGGCUGCAGGCUCCCGCUUGAUCCUUCCUAACCAAACCUGUACCCUCCACCAGAACACAAUGUGUCUUCCACACCUAGUGCCCCUGCCUGACUCCAAGCAUGGGAUUUUUAAAAUCAGGGUUUUGGGAGACUGACAAGAUAAGCAGUGGAAGAAAGGGAAGGUGUAGAGCAGGUCUGUGUGACAGAAGCUGAUUGUGUGCAUUUGCUUCUACUGGGAUCACUUCUUCAUCUCAAAUGGUCUCCCUUUGGCUGAAGCCCUGGGAAUGAGGGGUGGGCUCUGUCUUGCUUUGCCAGCCAAUCAGCUUGCUUGCUGGAAUUAUAAAUUCACUGUGGGAAAUCAUAUUCAAGGUAUAUUGUGGUCUCUGGCCUGUGGAGUCGAGGAGUUCUAAGUCAAGGGUAUCCUCUUAAAAGGGUAGGCUGCAGAGCUUUGGAAAAGUUCCUUUUUUGGACUAUACCCCAGCCAAUACAGCUACUGGCCAUGAUAGCUGGGAAAGUACCUCCCUUCCCUACAAAAAGAUAGCCUUCCCACUUUGAGUGAGUUGUACCAGGUAAAGCAUGUUGAUCUCCAGUAUCCACCAGCUAAAUAUUCUUGCCUUGCUCUCCAUAUUUCAGACUGGAUGGGAGUGCCCAGGCCUCUCCAGCAUCUUUCCAUGUGGAAGAGCAUCCUGGGUUUGCAUUUAUAAAGCCUGCUCCUUUUUACUUUAACCUCAUGAGCUGUGCACAGUCUUGUCUAAGCGUAUUACCUAGGCUCCUCUUGAUACUUGGGAAGUAUCUGAGAUGUUGCCAAAUCCAGGAGUUCCCUCCACCUGGGCAAAGGAACAGGGAAUGAAGAUGCUGAAGGGUAUGGCUGCUGAAGGUGGAGGAAGGUUUGGCAGCAUAGUACCCAUGUCUUCCUGCUUAUUGUUGUUUCAGUGUUACCUUGGUUCAUCCCCCCCUUUUUUUUUUUUUGCUGGUUUCAAGCAAUCACUCGUCCUCUUCUCCUACUAUUCAAAUCCAGUGGAACCAACAGGCUGGGAGGUAUCUCAAGAAGAACCUGGUCUCCUUGGGAUCUGGGAAGGAUAGCUGGGUCCCUCACUCCCCACCCUUCCUGUGUAACUUUUUUAAAAAGUUAAGUUAUUGAUGUUGCUGUUCUAAUUUCCACACAGUCAGUCCACCUCUCCUCUUUGUUUUUAUGGGAACCGUGUGGGUUCCUCAAAUGGUGCUAUUUUGCUGUGUACAGACCCCUUCUCCCACUCUUAAGAGUCUUCCUUUUUGUUGUCCUUUCUAAAAAUUGUUUUUUAAAAGAAAUAUUAAGAUGUCUUUUGCUUUUUUUCUUAUUUAUAUAAGUUAUUGUGAAAUGAGGCUGUUUAUUGUCUUGAUCUCCCAGGAAAUAAAGGGGUUUUGAAAAAUGUG